AUGAUGCAAUAUUUGGUGAUGAAGUCUGUUUGGUUGUUAGUCUUGAGCUUUUACGCUUUGUGGUUGCGGAGCACAUUUGUGGAAUCGUUUCUUUUGAUGAUGCAAUGCUUUUUCUGUUUUUACUGUAAUGCUGUCAUGAGGCAAUUGUAUUGCCUUGGUAGUUUACUGCUUUUGGGUUCAGGUGUUGGUGCAGUUUGGGGUGGCACGGCUUUUACAUCAUUGAUUUGGCAGGGCAGAAGGAAUCCAAGAUGGAUCAAGGCGGAAAUGAUUGAGGAUCAUGAGAGACAGGAAAAGGGUGUUAGACUGACAUUUUAUCUGAUGGCUGCUUCGGAUUGGAGUGAUGUUUCUGUUUUCAGGCUGUCACCAUUGAAUUUGUUUGGUUUGAUGUAUUUCGGGGGCAGUGCUGUUUGUGUUUCUAAGGCUUUGGUUGGGUUUAUGUAA